UAGUGCAGAUGACACUUGUGACAGUUUUCCUUUAAGCAACUCGCCCCUCAUAAUACAUUAGGGUAAUCGCAGUGGUGUAGUGUGGGUUGCCACUUGUCAGCCAAGGCAAAUACAGUACUGUGCCCCCAUAACCAAAGCAGUGCACUAGUCCAGUGGAUAUAACAAAUUGUAGACGAAGUCUUCAGCCAGUCACUAGGUGGCGCUAUCUCUGUAAGACCUGAGCGCUACCUGUGCUGUACUUUUUUUUUUUUUCUUUACGGCGAGAGGAAAUCACGUGCUCUUCUCAUUAUGUUCGUGCAGUGAGAGGCGGAGGUGGCGUGAUUUCCUCUUCCGCCCUCCCGGUCCUUUUUACAAUGUUACUACAGUAAUUUCACUAGUACAACCGCAGUAACGUGACCCUGGUGGUCUCAGCACCGUCAGCCUAAGCUUUUGCCGUAGCAGCUUGCGCGCCAGCUAUUAGCGCCAUCUGUAGGCCCCAGCUGGUGGUAUCUCUUCAGAGCAGGCAGCUGUUCUAUACAGUCUAUUAGCAGCUCCUAGCACCUUCACAGGACAAAACACGCGCUGAGCUAUGCGAGCGCCCCCUGUCGCGUACAGCAGUAACAGCAGCGCUUCCUCGCCCUCCCCUUCCCUCCUCCCGUCCCCUCCUCCUCCUCGUCUGUCCCCUCGCCACCGCCGCCUCCUCCAAACAACACGGCGUUCCUACAUCAGCCGACAACAUGGAGGCCGUCAAAACCUUUAACAGCGAGGGCCGACAUCAGGGUAUAGAAGUGCCCCUAUAUCGAGCUAGUCAGCUAUACUCGCUAAAUGAUUACAAGCCUCCGAUUUCCAAGGCUAAAAUGACACAGAUCACGAAGUCUGCAAUUAAAGCCUUAAAGUUCUACAAGCAUGUUGUUCAGAGUGUUGAGAAAUUCAUCCAAAAGUGUAAACCUGAAUACAAAGUACCUGGUCUCUAUGUUAUUGACUCCAUUGUACGACAGUCCAGGCAUCAAUUUGGACAAGACAAGGAUGUUUUUGCUCCACGGUUUAGCAAUAACAUAAUUAACACUUUCCAGAAUUUGUACCGCUGCCCAGCUGAUGACAAGAGCAAAAUUGUAAGAGUACUAAACCUGUGGCAGAAGAACAAUGUGUUCAAGAGUGAAAUUAUCCAGCCGCUCCUUGACAUGGCCGCUGGCAUUCCUCCCCCUGUUGUCACACCUGUCUUUCCUAGUACUGCUGCAGCUGUUAGCAACACACCAGGCACUCCAGCAACCCCUGUUACCCCAGCAAAUGUUGUUCAAGGCAUACCUGAUCCAUGGAUUGCACAAAUAACCAAUACCGAUACCCUUGCAGCAGUGGCACAAAUUUUACAAAGCCCUCAGGGACAACAGCUUCAGCAGUUGGUUCAGUCUUUGCAUGUCCAACAGCAAAAACCACAGCCCUCACUUCUGCAAGCUCUAGAUGCUGGUUUAGUGGUUCAAUUGCAAGCACUUACAGCCCAGCUUACAGCAGCAGCAGCUGCCUCAAACACUCUCAACCCAUUGGAGCAAAGUGUAUCCCUCAGUAAGAAACUCAUGGACCGAUUUGAUUUUGGAGAGGAUAAGUCACAGAAUGAAGACUCAAAAAAGGAUGGUUCACAAAUUCCUCUUGUACCAGAUUCUGUGAACAACUCACUUUUCCAUCAGCUGGCAGAACAUUUACAGCAGCAGAAUCUGGAACAUCUACGCCAUCAGUUCUUGGAGCAGCAACAUACUCCAAAGAUGACAGCUCAGGAAAACCAAGAUAUGAUGUCGGAAUCAGAAAAUUCUGCUACACCAUCACAGGAUGACAGCCAGCAGGCCUUUCGGGAAAAAGACCAACAGCUUCAUACUUCUUUAUCCAUACAACAAGAGGAUAUGGAUAUUGAGGAAAUGCAAGAUGAAACUGAAGAGCUGUAUGAAAAGGAAGAGAAGAAAAUGAUAAAAGAUGAAAAACCAAGGGCCCGUUCAAAAUCACGAUCAAGAUCACCUAGGAAAAGACGUUCUAGAUCUCGUUCUGGAUCCAGAAAACGUAAGCAUAGAAAACGUUCUCGUUCGAGGUCAAGGGAAAGAAAACGUAAGACUUCAAGGUCAUACUCCAGUGAAAGCAGAGCACGAGAACGAGAGAAAGAAAGGCUGAAAAAGGGCCUGCCUCCUAUUCGAUCCAAAACUCUUAGUGUGUGCAGUACAACAUUAUGGGUGGGACAGGUCGACAAAAAGGCAACUCAGCAAGACCUGACCAAUGUAUUUGAAGAGUAUGGACAAAUUGAAUCUAUCAAUAUGAUACCUCCCCGUGGUUGUGCUUAUGUUUGCAUGGUUCACAGGCAAGAUGCUUUCCGGGCUCUUCAGAAGCUAAGCUCAGGCUCUUGUAAGAUUGGGUCUAAAAUAAUCAAGAUCGCUUGGGCUUUAAACAAAGGAGUGAAAACAGAGUACAAGCAGUUUUGGGAUGUUGAUCUUGGCGUCACAUAUAUACCGUGGGAGAAAGUUAAGCUGGAUUAUUUAGAUGACUUUGCUGAAGGUGGAAUGAUCGAUCAGGAAACUGUUAAUAAUGAAUGGCAAACACAGAGGAAGACAGAGCCUGUUGCAGUGAAGAAGCAUGCACCUGCUCCUGUACCUACUACUACUGUGCAGAGUCCAAUUGUUCCAAAAACCACAAUAAUAACAACACAGACGGAGGCAUAUAAUCCACCUGUUGCAAUGCUUCAGAUUCCUGUAACACCAACUGUCCCGGCUGUGAGCUUGGUACCACCUGCUUUUCCUGUGUCCAUGUCUGUGCCACCACCAGGCUUCACCAGUCUUCCCCCUCCUCCGUUCAUGCGUGCAAGUUUUAACCCUUCUCAGCCACCUCCAGGCUUCAUACCUCCACCUGUUCCCCCACCCACUAUUCCCCCACCUUCCAUCAGCUCAGCUAUUCCUACAGCCUUGGUUCCUCGACUACCCAUGUCUACAGACAUUAAAGAAGUGUCAUAUAGCAGUUUGAUGUUGCCAAUACCAUCAGUUGUAACCACUUCAGUAUCAACGCCAUCUGUCUUUAAUCCUUCCUCAAGUACUCAAGCAGGCCAAGAAGACAAAAGACCAAAUCCUGCAAACAAUGUCAAUGAAAGGACUGCUGCAAGUUCAACGCAAAGUACAGUGGUUAGCAGUACUGGAAUCUUAGGAAUGCAACCACAACCUCCUAUAACAGCACCUGUUCCAGGUUUAACUAUGGGUGGAAGAAUAGCAGCUAUGCCUUUUUUGGAUAUUCGUCCUGGGUUACUUCACCAACCAGCGACAGCAAGAUUUGCUUUAUUAACUCCAGCAAUGCCCCCUCCACCACCACCAAGGAGCAUGCUUCCUCCGGGACUUAUUGAUCCACCUGUACAUUCUCUUUCUUUUCCACACGGAGAUAUUUUUACCCGUCCCACUAUUUCAUCUAGACUAAGUAAUGAUAGUGCUCCUCUUCCAGAAGAAGGUGUUGCUUUGCAAAGUGGUAAUGUUCAACAGGAAGGAGACCAAGACUACCGGUUCCCUCCCAUAGAGAGUCGUGAGACUGUUAGUCAACCUUCUGGAGGUGAACAGAAACAUGAGGGCAUGCCGUUGGUUGCAAGCCAGAAAAGUGAAGGUGUGAGCUCUCGAGAGGACAUUGAUGUUAGACACGUAGAGGAUGACCAUGAGCCACAGGAUAUGGCUGUUGUGGACCCAUGUGAGAGUCAGGAGAAACUUGGUACAAUAUCUAUGGUAGGACAGUUAUCUCCAGAAGGGGCACAUAAAAGUGAAAUGGAAGCUGAAAUGCAUUCUCUUGAAAGUUUGAGAGGGCCUGACAUGCAUUCAUAUGAAAGCAAGCUAAAAAAUGUUCCUGAUGCUCAUGAUGUUCCAAGACUACAGUUAGAUGCCAGGCAACAUUUUGGCAGCCCCCCAUCAGAUUUGUUACUGCCCUUUGGCAGACAUCCUCUUGAGAUUAGAGAAAAUUUUGGUAGACAACCACUUGAGGGUAGAGAUAAUUUUGGGAGACCACCCCCAGAGGGAAGGGAUCACCUUGGCAGACUGCCUGUGGACAGGAGAGAUCACUAUGGGCGCCCAAUUUUAGAAGGCAGAAACUUUGGACAUCAACCAAUGGACGGUAGAGAGAUGUUUGGAAGGCCACCUGUAGAUAUGAGGGAUCAUUUUGGAAGACUGCCAUCUGAUAUUGGUAGAAGAGAGCAGUUUCCUCCAGAUAAACCAUGGGUCCAUAGAGGGGAUUUUGACGAAAGACAGCACCUUUCUUUUCCUGGUUUUGGUGGCCCAAAGGGCUUCUCAGAUGACAGACCUCGCCAUGGUAAUUUUCGGCAUGAGCACAGGAAUGCACCAAGUUGGAACAGAGGAUUUGAGUCUGAUGCACACAGGGAUUAUGAUGACCGCCGUCGCUCUUGGGAAAGACAUAGGGAUAGGGAUGAUCGAGAUUUCCGCAGAGAAAUGAAUGGCAACCGAUUUGGACGAGAGAGACAAUCAAGCAACUGGAUGACACCUCAGCCACAGAUUUUUGAGUAUUUUCCAGAGGCUUCUACCACCAAGGAAAAAACUGAUGAGGUGUCUCAGGUCAAUGGAGAAAUGCCAGAGACUGAUAGUAAAAAACAAACUGUUAAAAGUGUGAAUGAUCCUGAACUGUGUGAAAAGGCAACCUCUGACAAAAUAAAUGAAGAGAAAGAGGCCAAGGAGGCUGAAGUAAAGAGCCAACCAGUGGUUGAAACCACAGAAACUGAGGGGACAUAAUCAUCACUCAGUAGGUAAAGAUACCUUUUGUAAAGUUGUCAUCUCUAAAGUGAUAGAUAAAUGGCUGACUGGACCUUAUUAGUUUGCCUAUUGUCAGCCUGACUUAAGUUAAUCUAAUGUAACUGUUCACGUUUCACUUAAAUAACUGUACAACUGACUUGUAUAGACUGCUCUUAAUCUGAACAUGAUAGGUAGAGAUUUUUUAUUUUUAAAUUAGGAAUCACAAACAUUGCCCCACGUGCUUUUAUCAUCACUUGAAUUGAAGUAUUUGUGAAAUGUCCAGCAAAAAGACUUCCUAUGGAAGAAUUUCAAAUUUUUACAGCUUUUGGUGGGUUGAAUGUUGGGACUGGCUGCAUUUCAGGCUGCUGCUGAUUUUUAAAGUCUAGAUAAAGCUGUGAUUCUUUUAUGUUCCUGCAAAUUGGUUUGAAAUUAGUAUUUGGCAGAUCGCAGUACUAAGAUGCAAAAGUAAAGGAAGACAUGAUAAGGUUUGUAAAGUCAACACCACAAUCCAUGUAAUAUCCCAAAGUUAAGUGUCUGUGAUUUGUUUCUUGUACUGCAGUGAGUAAAAAACAAAAAAAAAAACUGAAAAGUAUGUUUAAUGUUGGGUGCAUUCUGUUUUUAGAUCCUAAUAAAACAUUUGUUUGAUAACAGUGUUCCAGGUAUUG